AUGGCAGAUGAUAAGAGCGGAAAGCAGGCUACACUGGGGAGAUUCUUCGGCUCCAAUUCCAAUGGCAACCAAGCCCCAAAGAAGCAGACUACGUUGUCAUUUGGUGGAAAGAGGUCAAUAGCUAGCAGCGAUGCUGAAGACAAAUCUACCGACGUCGCCCCAGUUAAAACUGAAUCGGGUGACAUGAAUGACGGAAAUGGAGCCAAUCAAUCGAAAAGCUUGAAACGUGAGAAGGUGGAAGAGGUUGAGGAAAGCGACGACUCUGAUGUCCAGCCCGUAUCCAAGCGUCGGCGCAAGGCGUCGAAGGAUGCUUCCGCCACCCCGACGAAACGAUCGACCACACCCAAGAAAUCCGCCUCCCCUAAACCCAGGAAGAUUAAAUCACCCUCACCCAAACCUGUCAUCAAGGAAGUACCUGAAGAGAAGAGGCCGUCAGAGCAUGACGAGGAGGAAGCACAAUCUGCAAGUGAGGAAGAGGAAGAAGCGAAACCUGAGGCCAAGAAGAAAACCAUUGCAAAGGUUCAGGCGACCUUGAAAGCUAACGGCAAGGACCCGUAUCCGGACUGGAAAGCCGGGGAUCCCGUGCCGUAUGCCGCGCUCUGCACCACUUUCUCCAAGAUCGAGAUGACUACCAAGCGCCUGGAAAUCUUGGCACAUUGCUCUCUCUUCCUCCAACAAGUUCUGCGUCUGACCCCCAAUGAUCUUCUCCCGACCGUCCAACUCAUGAUCAACAAAUUGGCCGCCGAUUAUGCGGGUAUAGAACUUGGUAUCGGAGAGUCACUGAUCAUGAAAGCCAUUGGAGAGUGUACGGGCCGCAGUCUGGCUGUCAUCAAAACUGACCAGCACGAGAUUGGUGACCUGGGACUGGUUGCUGCCAAGAGUCGAUCCAAUCAACCUACCAUGUUCAAGCCCAAGGCUUUGACUGUGCGAGGUGUGCAUGAAGGUUUGCUGGGCAUUGCUAAGGUCCAAGGCCACGGGUCCCAGGACAAGAAGAUCUCCGGCAUCAAGAAGCUUUUGUCUGCGGCCGACGCUGCAACUGCUGGAAAGGGCAGCAAGGGAGUCGACAUCACCAAAGACAAAGGUGGCCCCAGUGAAGCCAAAUUCAUUGUCCGCUUCCUGGAGGGCAAACUGAGACUGGGACUUGCAGAAAAAACCGUGCUUGUGGCCCUUGCACAAGCAAUUAUCCGCCACGAAGCUGCAGUAGACGGCAAGAAAGAUCUGUCUCUCGAGAGAAUGGCCGAAGGCGAAGCUAUUCUCAAGCAGGUAUACAGCGAGCUGCCUUCCUACGAGGUGAUUAUUCCAGCCAUGCUGGAACAUGGCUUGUUCAACCUACGGGAUGUAUGCAAGUUACAGCCGGGUAUUCCUCUGAAGCCCAUGCUUGCCAAUCCUACAAAGUCCAUCACGGAGGUCCUUGACCGCUUCGAAGGAAAGGAGUUUACCUGCGAAUACAAGUACGAUGGAGAGCGAGCUCAGAUCCACUUUGUGGCGCCAGAUAAUAUUCACAAGUAUCCGGAAUCUACUGCCACCCUGCAAAAGGAUAGCAAGGGUUACGCCGCAAUCUUCUCUCGAAACUCCGAGGAUCUUUCCAAAAAGUACCCAGAUAUUCUCGCCAAACUUGGCAGCUGGGUAAAGGACGAUGUGAAGAGCUUCGUCCUGGACUGUGAAACGGUCGCUUGGGAUACAGUCAAUAAGAAAGUGUUGCCGUUCCAGCAACUGAUGACCCGUAAGCGGAAGGAUGUGAAGGCCGAUGAAGUCACGGUCAAGGUCUGCGUCUUCGCUUUUGACCUGCUGUUUUUCAACGACGAGCCUUGUGUAAAGAAGUCCCUUCGGGAGCGUCGGGAACUGCUGCAUAAUUCAUUCCGGCCUACGGAGGGCGAAUUCCAGUUUGCACAGUUCGGUGACACCAAUGUACUCGAUGAAAUCCAGAAUCUACUGGAGGACAGUGUCAAGGCCUCAUGCGAGGGUCUCAUGGUUAAGAUGCUCGACACCCACGAAAGUGGCUACGAACCGAGCAAGCGGAGUCGUAACUGGCUCAAGGUCAAGAAAGACUAUCUCGCCGGCGUGGGAGACUCGCUUGAUCUAGUCGUUCUGGGUGCUUAUUAUGGUCGCGGAAAACGCACAUCGGUGUAUGGGGCUUUCUUGUUGGCUGCUCACAACCCCAAUAACGACACAUACGAAACCAUCUGCAACAUUGGCACUGGGUUUUCUGAGGCAAUUCUUGAAGAGUUCCACAAAGCGCUGACUCCCUUGGUCAUUGACCGACCCAAGCCCUUUUAUACUCACUCGAAUGUGCCCAAAGACCAGCCUGAUGUGUGGUUUGAACCACAGCUUGUGUGGGAGGUCAAGACCGCUGAUCUGACACUGAGUCCGCGGUACAAGGCUGCUGCAGACGAAUUCGAAGGAACUACAGGAGGUGGAAAGGGUGUCUCUCUCCGCUUCCCUCGGUUCAUCAAAUCGCGCGAUGACAAGAAGCCCGAGCAAGCGACCACAACUCGUGCCGUUGCGGAAAUGUACCGCAAGCAGGAGGCGGUUUCCCAGGAGAAAUCCGGCAAAAAGGGCGUUGACGAUGAUUUCGAGUAUUAA